AUGUUUGGGCGUAUUUUGAGUCUGUCUAUACUUCUAGUUGCCUGGCCUUGCGCUUAUUCAAGGAAGGUUUGGCCUUCCGGCAGAUACACACUCGCGACUCUAGGCAACAACGGUGUGCACGAGCCAACCUUCCGAAGACGUUGGAAUUUGUCAAGCGAUAUUCGAGCUGAUGUUGAAGGCAAACUGCGUCUUGAACUUGUCAGACUCGCUGCUCAACUGCCAAACCGUUCAAGUCUGCCCCUAGAUAAUGCUGCCUUUAUGCAAAAAGAGGCUAAACGCAUUAGAGAGCUAAUAGUGCCAGAUUCUCUACAGGUAUACCUAAACAAGUACUUUGCCGUUAAAAGGGUCGAACACCGUGGAUUUCUUGGGGAUUUUCUUGCAUUUGUGUUUGGUGCUGAAGAAAUCGUUACAUUCUCUGCUUGGCAGUACAGACCGAAUAUAUUUUACAAGGGAGGCAACCUAACACUGGAGAUCCACUACAAAAUACCAAUCAGGGAGAAAGGUAUCAAGGAUUUAUUUUUCGAGCCCAUUGUCGUGUACACGUGUGAUGUAACCCCGGGGAAAUACGUAGAAGGUGCUGCUGUUUUCAAACCGGGAUCCGUAGAAAUCUUGACGCAUCCAUUUAUUCCGUGGAAAACAAUACCCGCAGGAACUGUAGAAAUCACUGCGCCACGUCAGGCAACAGCGUUUUCACCACACAUGACUUCAUUUUAA